AUGGCGACUAGGUCUCAAUCAGCCCUUGUGAGCACGAGCACCACACCCGACAACCAAUCGCGGUUUGAGCUGGAAACAAGCUCAAGAUGGAACGACGAGCCUGAGAACGAGACAUUGCUGCCUCCAACCGAUGGCGGAAAAGACGCUUGGUUGUUUCUUGCGGCUGCAUUUGUGAUAGAGAUGAUGGUGUGGGGUUUUCCAUGGUCAUACGGUAUCUUCCAGGAGUACUAUAGCUCAUCGCUACCCUUCUCGGGCGCAUCCGGCAUCCCAGCUAUCGGAACAUCCGCGAUGGGCAUACUCUAUAUGGUCGCACCUUUCACAUUCGGAUCACUUAUACGUUGGCCACAUCACAAGAGGAAGGCAAUGGUUGCAGGCUUGCUUAUCAUGUGUCUUUCGCUUGGACUGAGCUCACUCUGCACGACCGUACCACAACUUAUCGUCACCCAAGGCAUCCUUUAUGGUAUCGGUGGCGCCGUCACAUAUAGUCCUGUUGUCACUUUCCUGGACGAGUGGUUUGUAAGACGCAAGGGUCUUGCAUUCGGCAUCAUGUGGGCUGGUACAGGGUUAGGCGGUAUCCUCAUUCCGCUCUUACUCCAGUUUCUGCUCAAUCACUACGGCUUCCGCACCGCGCUGCGCAUAUGGACGAUCGUGCUUUUCGUCGUUGGCUUGCCUCUCACCUUCUUUUUGAAGCCGCGACUUCCCGUCCCAGCCACGACUAGGUCUCGCAUUACCUUCACUUUCCUGACAAACAGGUCUUUUUGGAUCCUGCAAUUUGGAAAUAUCAUGCAGGGACUAGGUUUUUUUGUGCCUUCCAUCUAUCUUCCUACAUAUACGAAGGCCCUCGGUUUCAGCAGUGCGGUUUCCGCUCUGCCCAUCAUCCUCAUAAAUAUGGCUGCCGUCAUCGGAUCCAUUAGCAUGGGGAGUAUUGUGGAUCGGACGCACGUCACCACUGCCAUUCUCAUCUCCACCAUCGGUGCUAUGCUCUCCGUCUUCUUGAUCUGGGGCUUCAGCACCUCUCUACCGCCGCUGCUCAUAUUCUGCUUCAUGUAUGGUCUCUUCGCGGGCAGCUUUACCAAUACCUGGCCUGGCAUCCUGAGGACAGUGCAAAUGAGUACGGGUCAGAUGGAAAGCUCUAUGGUCUUCUCUUUCUUGUCAAUGGGUAGGGGUAUAGGUAAUGUUGUGAGUGGGCCGGUCAGUGAAGCACUGUUGAAGAUGGGCAAUGUUGGUGAUCAUGGCUUGUAUGGGACGCCAUAUGGUAGUUUGGUAGUUUGGACGGGAAUCAGUGCUGCGCUCGGAGGCGUGAGCAUCAUUGGAAGGAGGGUGGGGUGGCUGUAA